AAAUGUUAACUAUUUUAGAAUAAAAAGGUUUCUUUAAUUCGAAAUAUAUAAAAAAGGAGAAAAUAGUAAAGAAAAUACUAAAUUAGAGAAAUAUAUGUCAAUGUCAUAGAAGAAGAAAACAAAAUUAAUUCCCAGAAACAAAGGGCAAAAAGCAGAAAUAAAAAGCCAAAAAAGUAUAAACUUUUUGAACAUUCAUAAAGCUGAAAACGACAGUAUUGUUCUUGGUUAAAAACAGUGUUUUUUUGCAUAAAGCAAACACUCAUAAUUGCUUCAACAUGAGAAAUUAAUUAAAUCAACCUUUUUAGCAUGCUCAUCUUAUACACACAAUCACGUAUCAUUAACGUCUUAGAUAUAUAUCUCAGUUUGUUGCUCAAAAAAAAAAAUAUCUCAGUUUGACCCGGAAUUAGUAGCUUUAACUAUUGUAGUGUCAGUGAAUAUGAUUCCUCUUCUCUUUAAAAGUAACUAAAACUUCGUCUAUGCGUCCGUGCGGGUAUUUAUUUUUACUUUUUAUAUACAUCAAUAUUAUUAAAGCAUUUAUUGGUUUAUAUUUUAAAUAUUUAUCAUAUUUUAUUUUUUUAUAAACACAACAAUCAAAUAGUUUACGUGCUGUAAAAAAAUAGUAACCCAUGUCUGAUACUAAACUUUCGAGAAAUAUUGAUCUAUUGAUAUGUUUGAGUAAUAUUUCUUUUAACAUGAAAUUGUUUUUCAAAUGUAAUAAUAAUUUAAAUAUUUUGAUCAGAUAUGAUGCAUAUUGUGAGAUUUAAAUACGUUAGAAAAUAAUAUUUGGUUAUAAACAUUAAACAGUGUUUUAUAAGUAAUUCAAAGAUAUUUAAAUUUUAAUGUUUUUUUGAAAAUAAUUAAUAGUAACCAAAAUGGUUAAACAUAUGUUUUAGAAAUUUUUGAAAUAUAUAUAAUCUUAGGCAAGAUUUAACUAUAUUAAAAAUAAUAUUCAGUUACAAAUAUUUCAUAUUGUUCUAUAAGUAGUUUAAAGAUAUUUAAAUCUUAGCAUAUAUAGAUUUUAUUGUUCAAAAUAAUUAAUGGUAAGUUAAACAUAUAUUUUAGGAAUAUUCAUCAUAUUGUUUAAUAUCAAAUUUAAACUUGAAUUUUGUUCAAAAAUAAUUAAUGGUAACAUUAUCCAAGUUUAAUACUGUUAAAAUCGAUUUUACAGUUGAAUAUUCCCAAAAAUUAGCUAAUUUGUUUUAAGAAAUAUAUUAAAUACGAAAAUUAAGGUAAAUUUUGAUUAGGAAAUGGUUUAAUAAAUAGGAAAAGACAAUGAUUACUUAAAGGUAUGUUCAUUUAAUUACUUCAGUUGCAUACUGUUGUAAGUAAAUAGAAAAACUUAGGGAUAUUUUAUAAUUGUACUCCUUUUUUAAUAGAUUAUAUAAGUUUAAUAAUUACUGAGCAGGGGUUUUUAUAUUUGUAACACAAGUUUUUGUUACUACUAACUAGCAGUACUACUACUGUAUAUUGAAUACAAUAGAUUAUUAGUCUAGAUUACCAAAUAAUCAGUUGGAUAUUAUUGAAGAUUUAGAAAUAAGUUCUUAUGCUUAAAUAGUAUUAAAAAAAAUCUAAAUUGUUACUUAGAAAAAUAUAGAUAUAGAUGAAUAAAUAACUGAUUUUACAUAAUGUUGACAAACAUCAUAAAUGCUCUGUAUACAAAUCAGUUGAAAAACACACAUGUGAAUCACAAAAGCCCAAAUCAAAGACAAAUUCUCCAAUCAAUAAGUCUCUCACAAAAGACGUAUCUUCACUUUUUUACCUGCUAAUAUCUUUGAAUUUUAACAUCACAAAAUUAAUUAUUAAAAAAAACAUGAGCAUAGUAAUAAUGAUACAACAUGGACCAAGUCCACAAGUUUAACAACAACAAGACGCAACACAACUUCCCUCCCAAAAUCUCUCUGUUCUGUUUUGUCAAAUCUCUCUCUCCCCACAAAAACCUCAUCUUUAAGUCCUUUUUCAUGGCUUGUCUUCUUCUUCUUCAACAACAAUUCUACUCUCCCCACUCUGAAAAACCCAAUCUUUAAUGGAGAUUCAACGACCAAUCAUCAAGCUCAUGGUUCUCCACUCAAACCACGACAAAAGCGACAACCUUUCCCGACGAGAAUCUCUCCCCGGCAAAUCCAAAUGGAGAAUCUCCUUAUCCCGAUCUCCCUCUUCCUCUUCUUCAAAAUCCAACAACAGCUCGCCGUCGAAAACAGAGAUUCCGACAGAAUUCCUCUGUCCGAUCUCCGGUUCCUUAAUGGCCGACCCAGUCAUCGUCUCCUCCGGUCACUCCUACGAACGAGCUUGCGUCAUCGCUUCCAAAACCCUAGGGUUCACUCCAACCCCCUCACUCCCAACCUCGCCGCCGGAUUUCUCCACCGUCAUACCCAACCUCGCCUUGAAAUCCGCAAUUCUAAGCUGGUGCGACCGCCGGAGCCUCCCGCCGCCGAAGCCGCUCGAUAACGCCGCCGCGGAGAAGCUCGUUCUCUCGCUGAUGGAGAAAACUCAUCACAGGCCGACGAGCAGGAAAGUCUCGAUAUCGGAGAAGGAGCUUAUCCAAGCGAUAAAGGACAAACCUUCGGUGAGACUCGACCACGCCGCGACGGAGCUUGACCGGAGACCUAACUACUUCAACUCGAGCUCCGACGAGUCCGUAGCCUCCUCGAGCCGCACGCUGCAGCUAGCGACUCGACCUAGCUGCUUCUCUUCACCUUCAUCUGCAGAAAUCGAAUCCCUAGAACCAAACCCUAGCCCGGAGGAAGAAGCCUUGCUCGUGAAGCUAAAGAGCAAUCGAAUCUCUGAUAUCGAAGAGGCUUUGGUUUCGAUCAGACGCGUCACGAGGCUCGACGAAGGUUCUAGAAUCAGUUUAUGUAGUGCGAGGCUAAUCUCUUCCCUUAGGUCAUUGAUCGUUUCGAGAUACGCUACGGUUCAGGUUAACGCAACAGCUGUUCUCGUGAAUCUCUCUUUGGUGAAAUCUAACAAAGUGAAGAUCGUACGGUCAGGAAUCGUUCCGCCGUUGAUCGACGUUCUCAAAUGCGGCUCCUCGGAAGCGCAGGAGCACUCCGCCGGAGCCAUUUUCAGUUUGGCUCUCGAGGACGAGAACAAGACGGCGAUCGGAGUUCUCGGAGCGUUGGAGCCGCUGCUUCAUCUGAUCCGAGUCGGGACUGAGUUGACUCGGCACGACUCGGCGCUUGCUCUGUAUCAUCUGUCGCUUGUGCAGAGCAACCGAGGGAAGCUCGUGAAGCUCGGAGCUGUUCAGGUGCUUUUGAGCAUGGCGAGGUUGGGACAGACGAUGAAUAGGGUUCUGCUGAUUCUCUGUAACAUGGCUUCGUGUCCGGUGAGUCGACCCGCUUUGCUUGACUCGGGAGCUGUUGAGUGUAUGGUUGGGAUUCUGAGAGGGCCGAGGGAGGUCACUGAGUCGACGCGGGAGAGCUGUGUUGCGGUUUUGUAUGGACUGAGUCACGACGGGGGGUUGAGGUUUAAAGGUUUGGCUAUGGCGGCGAAUGCCGUGGAGGAGCUGACGAAGGUGGAGAGGAGUGGGAGGGAGAGGGCGAAGCAGAAGGCGAAGAGGGUUUUGGAAGUGAUGAGAGCUAAAAUGGAAGAUGAUUCUUCGCCGGAGAAUGAGGAGAUUGAUUGGGAAGAGCUGUUAAACUCCGGUAGUGUAACUCGGAGCCAGCAUCGACUCGGUGGCGACGGUGACAAGUCACCUGUUAACUCGUCCGAGUUUUGACGUGUCAUUUUAACUCGUAAUUUCUUUGCUUUUUUAUUUUUAUUUUUAUUUAUUUAUGGAUUUUAAGCUUUUUCUUUUCUUACUUAUUUUAUAAUUUCUAAAUAAUAGGCUUGAGGGUUGUAAUUAGUUGGAGAUGAGAUUUUUCUUUUGUGAAAUUUUAUGGCUGGGGUGGAAUAUUCUUGUAUUUUCUGGCAAUUUGGUUGGGUGGCUUCUUUUUAAAUCCCAUCCUUAUUU